UUCGCUGACGAUUCUUCUUGGUACCAAACUCAGUGCUUGCAAUUCACUUCUGGUAACAACUAACUUUUCUUAGCUGUGUCAACAUCAACGUCAUGACAGGAAAGAUAUCAAUUUUAUUAGCACUUUUUUUAGUGAUUGGUGCAUCUGAAUCUUUUCUAACAAACAAGGAGGGUUAUUGUCCUUACAGAAAUAGCGUGAAAAAAUGCAAUCCUUCUUGUAGAAGUGAUUCUCAAUGUAGUUUCGGUGAAAAAUGUUGUCCAAAUAUAUGUGGCGAUACUUCUUGUGUUAUUGCUUCAGCUAUUUCAACUGGCUCAGAUGGAGGCUACAAAUCAUCUUACGAUGACGUUAAAUAUUGCGCAGGUGUAAGAUGUCAAAAAGGUGAAAAAUGUGAAUUAGAUAGACGAACAAAACGUGAAAAAUGUGUUCGAGCUUGAUGAUAAUUACUCAUAUCUAAUUUUUUUCAUUAAAUUGAAAAACUUAUUGUAAUCUUAAAAAAAAAAAUUGUCCCAAUAAAUUAUUUUUCUCCAAUGAUAAUUGGAAUAAUUGACUUUAUUAAAAAAUAAA